AUGUCGCUGCCUGUGGUGCUGCCGGGCUCCUGCUGCCCCAUGGCCGGGCUCUCCGCUGCGCUUCAGGCAGCAGCUCCCGGCCCCGCCACCUCUCCGGCCCCGCCGCUGCCGCCUCUCCGGCGCUUCCAGCACUAUCGGCCUCCCCCGGCGGCGCUCUCCCCUCUGUCCGCCCGCCGGGCCGCCGCCGCCGGGGCCCACGGGCUGCUGCCGGCCAGACCGCUGCUGUCCCUGGGGCUGCUGCAGCUCAUCCUGGGCUGCUGCAUGGUGGCGCUGAGCUUCGGGGCGCUGUCCCUCAGCGGCUCCCCGCAGGUGAAGAACUCCUGCCCCUUCUGGGCUGGCUCCUCGGUGAUCUUGUCCGGAAUCAUAGGAUUAACUACAUGGAAGAGACCAGUGGUACUUUUGGUUAACCUGUUUGUUUUGCUGUCUGUCGUCUGUGUUCUCUUGAACCUGGCUGGAUUUAUCCUAGGAUGUCAAGGUGCUCAGUUUGUGUCCAGUGUACCAAGAUGUGACCUGGUGGACCUAGGUGAAAGCAAGAUUUGUUUCUGCUGUGAAGAAUUUCACCCAGCCAAAUGCACAGAGAAAGAGAAUGCAUUGAAGCUGUACCCAGUCCAGUCAUGUAGCGCUGUUCACCUUCUACUCAAGAAAGUUCUCUUUGCUCUGUGUGCCCUCAACGCUCUGACAACCACAGUAUGCUUGGUAGCAGCUGCCCUGCGUUACUUGCAGAUAUUUGCAACAAGAAGAUCCUGCAUAGAUGAAUCUCAGGUGUCUGUAGAGGAAAUUGAAGAACAAGGCCGCAUUUCUGAUCCUGAGGACUUUGUACCACCUGUGCCACCUCCAUCAUAUUUUGCUACAUUCUACUCUUGCACACCCAGAAUGAAUCGCAGGAUGCUUGGAUCGGAUGCUAUUCCAUUACCACAUAUUUAUGGAGCGAGAAUUAAAGGAGUUGAAGUGUUCUGUCCUUUGGAUCCCCCUCCUCCAUAUGAAGCUGUGGUGAGCCAGAUCAGUCGUGAGCAGGGAGGUGCAUUCCAAAUUCCAGAUGUGGCAGAAGCUGUCGUUGGGCCACCACAACCAAACGAUACACAAGUCUCUCAAGGUGGGGAUAUUCCUGACUCUUCCAGUAGAGAGAGCCUUUCAACUUCAAAUCCGAGCUCAGUGCCUGCAGAACAAAAGCCUGCAUGCAAGAGAGCCUUCAGCCCUCUGAGGAAGAGAUCAAAAAGCGACCCUGUGCUACACGGCUUGCCACCUAGAGCAUGUCCGGUACUAAGCUGUGAAGCUGCAACUCAGACUGAAUUAAAACCAAAACUGGCCACUGUCAUUUUGCGAAAAGGUUUGAGAGCAAGAGCUUUGAGAGCAAGACCCCGGUCUUUGGUAGACUACAAGUCAUACAUAGACACUAAGCUGCUUGUGGCAAGGUUCCUAGAGCAGUCCUCCUGCAGUAUGACCCCUGACAUACAUGAACUGGUGGAAAAUAUCAAAUCUGUUUUAAAGUCGGACGAAGAACAUAUGGAGGAAGCCAUCACCAGUGCCAGCUUCCUGGAGCAGGUUAUGACUCCAGCUCAGCCAUCUACAUCAAGGACACAUACACUCCCGUUUAGAAGACACCCAGGGCUGCUGCACCUGGAGAGCUGUGGCGAUCUGAGUACUUUCACUACAUCAGAAAACCAGGUAGCAGAGAGGAAAACCCAGAGACUAGAGCACGAACGGCCCCAUAGUCUCAUUGGAGUUGUACGGGAAACUGUGCUCUGA